AUGUGGAUCCCCAGUGAGCCCCAGUCUAAUGCUGCUUCCUCCCCACCAGCUCCAGCCUGCAUCCCCCCCUGUGUACAUCUCCCUUCCCUCCGCGACCACCAAGUCUCUGUCCCAGGAUAUCAGCCUGAUGCCCACGUCUUCCAGUGUGCUACCUGCCGCCUCAAGGAGUGCCAGCUCCCCCUGGACUGCCCAGUGCAGGACGUGCAGGUGCACACAGAUGAAGCCAUCACGCUGCUCUGCGAUGUACCCUUUGCCACCCCCCCCAACCUGUCCGUUACCUGGAUGUUUGCCAAGGAUGCGCACACACAGGAGCUGGCACUGUUUGAGGAGCUGCAGGUGGCUGUGGAGGGACUUUUCAACCUGACCGUGCAGGACCCCACUCCAGGAACCGUCGCCUGUCACCUGGGAGUCCCUUCUGAGCCCUUGGCCCGCAAGUACUUCUACCUCAACGUAUCAGAGGGAAGCGUGGAGGCAGAGCAAGGACUCCAGGCUCAGUUCAGGGCUGUGCUGCACUGGCCCCAUGGCAGGACCUCUGGGAUCCACAUGGUAUUCCUGACACUGGGGCUGGCGCUUGGUUCCAUGGUGCUUGUGCUGCUGCUGCUGCAAGUCCUGACCUGGUAAACCUCACUCUGCAAAUACCCCUGCUUUUGAGUCUGUCCACAGACCACCAUGGGACUGCCAAACCCUGUUGGACCCUCGGUCCCUUGCAAU